ACUCAUCCCGGGGCCUUAAGGGCACAAGUGCCGGGAGGCGGGGAACAGCCCCCCAGCCGCCUCCGGGGACGCACAGCUCGGCGCUCGCCGCAGCUCCGGAACCUAAGACGCCGCUCGGCUACGCCGGGCCUCUAGCGGUUGCUAAGUGACGCCAGCGCGCAGCGGGCGCGGGCGCGGCCACGGAGCUGUGCGUGAGAGCGGGCGCGCGCCGCGGCGGCGGCGGCGACGACGACGACGACGACGACGAACGCAGCGGCGGCAGCAGUGGCGGCGGCGGCGACCGGGGAGCCCAGUGGUCGGGAGAGUCGGAGGCCGUGGGGGUUGCGUCUUUGAGAAACCUUGUCGGGAUCAGCGAAUACUAUCUAUUCCACAAAAUGAGCAACAACCAUCCACUCCGCCCCUAUACUGCUGUGGGAGAAAUUGAUCACGUGCACAUCUUGUCUGAAAGUAUUGGUGCCUUGUUAAAUGGGGAAGAAUAUGGCGAUGUCACAUUUAUAGUGGAAAAGACACGGUUUCCAGCCCACAGAGUGAUUUUAGCUGCCAGGUGCCACUAUUUUCGAGCAUUAUUAUAUGGUGGAAUGCGAGAGUCUCAGCCUGAAGCAGAAAUCCCUCUCCAAGAUACCACUGCAGAGGCAUUUACCAUGUUACUUAAAUACAUCUACACAGGACGGGCAACGCUGACAGAUGAGAAGGAGGAGGUGCUGCUGGAUUUCUUAAGCCUGGCUCAUAAAUAUGGAUUCCCUGAACUGGAAGAUUCAACCUCUGAGUAUCUCUGCACCAUACUUAACAUUCAGAAUGUCUGCAUGACUUUUGAUGUUGCUAGUCUCUACUUGCUUCCAAAGCUCACAUGUAUGUGCUGUAUGUUUAUGGACAGAAAUGCUCAAGAGGUACUUUCCAGUGAAGGUUUCCUCUCUCUUUCUAAGGCAGCACUUCUCAAUAUCGUAUUAAGAGAUUCAUUUGCAGCUCCUGAAAAGGAUAUUUUUCAAGCCUUGUUGAAUUGGUGCAAGCACAAUCCAAAAGAGGAUCAUGCUGAAAUCAUGCAGGCAGUUCGCUUGCCCCUGAUGAGUCUCACUGAGCUCUUGAAUGUUGUUAGACCUUCUACAUUAUUGUCUCCUGAUGCCAUCUUGGAUGCAAUUAAAGUGCGCUCAGAAAGUCGGGACAUGGAUCUCAAUUAUCGGGGCAUGCUCAUACCAGAAGAGAACAUUGCAACGAUGAAGUAUGGAGCCCAGGUAGUGAAAGGGGAGCUGAAAUCUGCCUUACUUGAUGGUGACACACAAAAUUAUGAUUUGGAUCAUGGAUUUUCUAGGCAUCCGAUUGAUGAUGACUGCCGUUCUGGCAUUGAGAUUAAAUUAGGCCAGCCGUCGAUUAUCAAUCACAUACGAAUACUCCUGUGGGAUCGUGAUAGCCGGUCUUAUUCCUACUACAUUGAAGUGUCCAUGGAUGAACUUGAUUGGAUCAGAGUAAUUGAUCACUCAAAAUACCUCUGUCGUUCUUGGCAAAAGCUGUAUUUUCCUGCCCGGGUCUGCAGGUAUGUUCGAAUAGUUGGAACACACAACACAGUGAACAAAGUUUUCCACCUUGUGGCUUUUGAGUGUAUGUUUACAAACAAAACCUUUACUCUUGAGAAGGGUCUGAUAGUUCCAAUGGAGAAUGUUGCAACAAUUGCCGAUUGUGCUAGUGUGAUUGAGGGUGUGAGUCGUAGUCGCAAUGCCUUGUUGAAUGGUGACACCAAGAAUUACGAUUGGGAUUCCGGAUACACCUGUCACCAGCUAGGAAGUGGUGCCAUUGUGGUUCAGCUGGCACAACCUUACAUGAUUGGGUCAAUACGGUUAUUACUUUGGGACUGUGAUGAUCGAAGCUACAGCUACUACAUUGAAGUUUCCACCAAUCAACAGCAGUGGACCAUGGUGGCAGACAAAACCAAACUGCCCUGCAAAUCCUGGCAAUCAGUAACCUUUGAUAAACAGCCUGCAUCCUUCAUCCGAAUAGUUGGAACACACAACACAGCAAAUGAGGUAUUCCACUGUGUACACUUUGAAUGUCCAGAGCAGAGCAGCACACACAAGGAGGAGAGCAAGGAGGAAGCCACAGCACCACCAACAGCAGUGGGGGUGGCCACGGGGGUGGCAGCAGCGGCAUCUGCGACAUCUGCGGCAUCUGCAUCUGCAGCAGCCUCGACAGCAGCAGCAGCAGCAGCAGGAGAAGAAGAGAGCCCUGGGGGGCAGCAACUGGUCCCUUACCCACUUCGACCCUCCAGCAACAACUCAAACCAGUCCCUCCCAGGACCCACUUGUCGAUCACCUGUUCAACCCCAAUAAAAGAUGAAGACAAAGGACGGAUGCGGCGACUUGGUUUGGGCCCAGAUGACACUAGGAAGUCCUCGUCCUUCUUGGACACCAAUUGUUAUAUGACUUUUUCCCUAUUGCUGCUGUUUCCAAAGGGGAGCAGGCCUGCCUGAAAAUAAGGAAAUAGAACAGGUUUUCUCCCAAGGACGGAAAGGGGGCUGCUUCGCUUGCCUCAAUUUGUUCAAAUCAGACUGGUCUCCAGGGGGAGAAAAUGGGUCUUCAAUCUUCAUCAAGUCCACCAUUAACACCCUACCUCUCUAAUCUAACCCAGGCCAAGGGAACGGAAGGAAAUAAUAGACAGACUCGUGUUGGAAUACAAAAAUGGCAUAUGAACACUAGGCUGGGAAGAGAAUACAUUAGGCAUUUAUUACCUGGAGGCACCCUUUAGGAAAUGGGUUUUUGGUGGGAGUGUUUAUUUUUAUGGAACACAUUGCCCUGGCAACUAAAUGAUUUUUAUUUCUUUUAGUUACUCUCAAUUUGCUGAGUCAUAGGUGUUCCAGAUCUCUUUGAAAAGCUCAGAUGGUAAUUUUUUUUUCCAAAUCCCUUUUGAGGCAGUAAUUCCCCUCCCUUAUUUCUGAACGGUUAUGCAUGGGGUAGAGUAGGAAAAUAUCAAGCCUGUCUUUGAAAUGAGGCCCAGAUGCAGCUGAUUGCAGCACCUGGUCUGACAAGGAGACGCCUUCAAGGAGGUAUAUCAAAAUACACAAUGAGGAAGCCGAUCUUUGGACACCGUAGUUAAUAAUCGCUUGAAUUGCAGAGUUAUUAACCUGUCAUUUCUGAAAUGUAUCUGGAGCAACUAUGUGCUUCUUUUCAACUUUGAGAUUCUGACACAUAAACAGUCCCAGCACCUGCUAAUUUAAUGGCAAAUAUAAACGUGUGCAUAGCUAUUUCUCUGGGCGUAGAUAGAUGGAUGUAUAUCUGUAGUCCAUUCUGGUCUGGUUGAAGUUUCUGCAGGAAACAUCAGGGUUCAGGAUUUCCUCUUUUGGUUUGCACUUCUGCUAAUGAUGGGCAUCAGGAAUACAGAACUGGGAAUUUGCAAUUGAGGUCUCUCUUUUUUUUAAGGUGUUUUUGUGGACUACAAUACUCAGCUGGGGAUUUAAAAAGUCUGCUAGAAAAAACUUUCUUGCUAAUCUUCAUAAAAAUGAUCUCAUUUGACUAUUGUAUCCCGGUCUGCCUUGAUUUUGUCUCCCCCUUCAGCAUUAACUACCCUUUGUAACUUCAUCCAUCAGAUUGUUGUCUGCUUUUGGUUAAUCUUGAGAGCUUCCUGCCAUGUUCGCAGUUGUAAUCAGCUCCCUCUCCAGCCCCAAGUGCUGUUCACUUAGAGCUCCAAGUUUGCUCUGUGGGGCAGGGAGGAGCGGGGAGAUCACUGAAGAGGGGGAUGCUAGUGCUUCUGGGAAGCUUAAGGAAAACCUGCUGUCUCUUAAAGUAUUGGACUUAGGGGACAUCAGCAGAUUCCAGGAUCCGGCUCAGAAAAAAAGUGGUUUGCUCUGGUUUGGGUAUUUCUUUUUCUGGCACCUGAAAAACAUUGCUUGGAAUAUAGGAAGAUCCACCAGGUCAGCUAAUUAAAUAUGCUUUUUCUUGUGAUUUAAUUUCAUGUUAUAUCAGUAUUGAAAUAGUAGACUGGCAUCAAAGUGCAUGAUUGAGUGGAAGGUUUUCCUUCUCUUUGAGCAGAGAUCUGCCAAGGCAAGCAGAGGCAACAUGGAGGAGAGGAGCCGAGGUAGGAGAGGCUGCAGAAAGGUCAGGAAUUUGUCUGAGGUCAUCUUCCAGACCCCGGCUGGGUCAUUGCCAGGCGAGACUAGAUCUUCCUUGGCCCUUCUCUGCUCCUGAGGGCUUCGCUGUCUUCAUUCCACCUAUUCUCCCACUCUUUGAAUCAUAGCCAUCCCCACAUAGGUGGAGAGUGUUUAUUCAGGAAUAGGACUGCUCCUCCCAUAGUGGGUGGCAGUCUUCUCGGAUUUGGAUGCUACUUGUUUCAUCCAGUAACCUCUAGUCACCAAUUAACAUGAAGAAUUCCUGUCUGCUCAGCACUUUUCUGGGCUUCUGAUAGCCUGGGCACCGCAGAGCCAAGCUCCUGGAUAGGGAAAUCAAAUUAGCCGGUUUAGUCAUUUUAUAGGAUGGAAUUAAGAUUCUCAGUAAUUGCUGAGGCAAAAGUUUCAUUUCAGAUAUUAAAGCCACCUUUAUAGGGAUGAAUGCCUGGUUUUGAUUAUCUCACGUGUCCCUCCCCAACCCCCAUGGAGACAGGAAAUCAAGCUAUGAGAGGUUGGGAUCACCUUUCUGGCCACAUUCACCUCCCCUUACACUUCCAUGGCCAUUACUUAAAUAUUGUGGAAAAAGUUUUCUGCUGUCUAUGAAGAUGUCCUGGCCAAGUUACACAUCUGGAAAUAAAGUAGAAAUAAAGUGAGCUUCAGAACCCAAAGAGUCAGUCACUGCAGCCACUUCACCUUGGGACCCUAACGAUUGAGCCUUCCCUACAUGUCGACGUCUUCCAGCUUCUUCACUGGACUCUACAGAAGCCAUCCGGAGGAUGAGAAGAGUUUAGUGCCAGCUCCCCAGCUAGUUACAGAAAAUAGUAGGUACCUAACUAAGAACGCUUACUGCCCAGUUCACUCUUGAACUGUUAAAAAGGAAGCAAUGUUCAUCCAACUGAAGGGACCCAGCUAAGUUCUCCACUUUGCCCUCCAGAUGCAGCCUGGCUCUGGUCUCCACCUAAGCGGGGUUUGAAGGAAAUAUCUUGAUUUGAACCCAUUAACAACACAGUGAAGUAUUACUGAGGGCCAUUCUUAGCCAUGAAGACAUUUUGUCACCAUUCUGUUUCUUCAAGAAUACAAGAUACAGAGAGGUGUAGAAAAAUGUCUGUGACCUCCCCAGAGCCGUGAGGCAGCUUUCUAGGGAGAUCUCAAAGAGCCCAUUUCAAGAUGGCAUCAUACUGGAGGAUGAUGUGGAAAGAAUGCCCAGCACUUAAGGAAGAAGAGUGAGUUCCAUCAAAGGAAGCUGGAAAAGGGCCUGAGGAAUUCACCAAGUGUUGAAAACUCAGGUGGCAGAUUCAGUACGCCUAGAGUAUGUCCGUAGAAUAAGGCAGAAGGCUUGCCCACCCCAGACCAGCUCCUCUCCUCACUGGAGCUAUAAACUACAAGAAUGAACCGGUCGAGUGGAACAAAACAGAACUGGGGGUGGGAAAGGAAACUGGGAUGUUUUAGGAGGCAAUACUAUGAAGCAGCUAAAACAUGAGCAAUGCCUGAAGUAGGGGCCAAGCAGAGAAAGACUGAAAGGAAGAAGAAGGUGCCUUAGCUGGGCAGCAGGUGAGGAACAGGGUGGAAGGGUCAUGAGAUGGGACCAGUACUGAUGCUAAACCUCAGAGAGGCAUGACUCAGCCAUAAAGAGGUGAAAAGAGCAGUUUGGCCUGGAUGAGGAAGAGGCGUGCUGGCCAUGCCCAGCCCCAAUACCUCAUGAGAGUCCCCUCCAGCCCCGUCGGCCCAAAGCCAAUUGUUGCCAGCAAUGAGGCCAGAAGGCUGCAUCACCAGCAGUUUUUUAUAGGGUUUCUGUUUGGGGUAAAUGUUUCUCAUUUGUUGUGGUGAUAUUGCUUGUUGAUACAGGCUGAUCCUCACUGGAGAAACUGCAGGAGUCUGAGCAGAUGUGGGUGGUUUUGUCUUUCUUUCCUCUCUCUCUUGUCUUUCAUUUUGGCUUCUUAUUUUUCUGAAGGCAGGGAGGGAAAUAUUGCAGGGCUUUGAACUUUUAGCACCAGAAUUCACAUGUCUAAGGGAAGACUGAGGACGGGACAGGCCCUGGGGUGAGGGCUGUCCAUAGAUGCCUCCUAGAGGACGGACAGGGCUUUGGCUUAGCCCGGGCAGUCUGUGGCUGGGUCAAGAAGACCAGAGGUGCCGGGCCCUUUCCAGGUCUUAGGACUGGGAACAGUUUUAUUUUGGGGACAUUUACACUUAAGUGGAGAGAGGUUUGUUGCCUAGCACUUCAAACUUAAAAUAGCAAUAAUAACCCAAUCUUUUAUCUUUCUGCCAACCCCUUCUCCCCUUUUCUCUACAUCUCAUGCACUUAUUCAUUUCCUCCAUCUGAAGUUUUGCUCAAACCAUUAUUAGUUGGUAUGUGAAAUUCAUCUAUUUCUCUUAAAAGUGUCACUCCUUGCUCUCCCCAGCUCCCCCAUUAAAUGAACUGUUGAUCCCUAACAAAUAUAUUGUGUCUUAUUCCUUGAAAAA